CCGUUCUAUUCUGAUUUCCAGUUCGCGUUUGUUGCCCGUGAAGGAUGCCUUCUGCCAACCCUAAACUAGAGAAACAGGCCUCUACGGAGACCGUAGAUCCCAUACGCCAAGCGAUCAUCGUUGUCGAACAUAAGAUACGGAAUCUCGAAAAGCGUAAGGUGAAAUUAGAGUCCUACAGGGAUCUGCAGAAAAAUGGUAGGGAACUAAAUGCAGAUCAAAAAACAGCGGUGGCUAAGUAUGACGAAGUUUUACAAACAUUGGACAUUACACGGGAAUUAUACAAACAAAUUGUUGGGAUUGCACACGAUGCGGUCAAGCAACAGAAAAAAUUGGCGAGAAAGGAAGCUAUUGAGAGAAUGCAACAGGAUAUUGCAAAAGUGAGGGAGGUUCUUCUUAUUCAGGAUGCUCUCAUGAAUAUGGGAUCAGAGUGUGUUAGAGAAGAUUUCCUUGCUGGAAAAAAUGGUGCUGUGAAAUUAUCAGAAGAGGAAUUAAAGUACUUGGAUAGUCUAUAUAAUGAAGUUAUGAUGAAGCAUAAUCGAGAUGAAGGAGAACCAACAUUUCUCCAGCAAGUACAAAAAAUAGCAGAACAUUAUGUGGCCAUUAUCGAAGGAAAACAGAGAGAAGUUGUUGGUACAACUUACAAUAAAUUAAAAGAAAUUAUCUCUUCCAUUAACCAGUGUGGCUACUUUGAUCAAGUUCAUGAAACUGAAGCUGCAACAGAGGAAGUUACAGAAGUAGUCACAGAGACACAAGUAUCCGCAACUCCUAUACAAGAACAAGUCAAUGAAGAAUACAAUAGUAGCGACAGACACAUUCCACCCGAGUCUAUGAUUCCUAUUCCUAAUUUUCCAGUACAAGUUACUCCUAUUCCUGUUGUUUCUGGCACUACUGCGGUUUCGGGUCCUAUUCCCGUAGUGGCGCAACCCAUUCCACCGCAUCCAGCUGCACCAGUCGAAACAUCUUACUACACAAACGCUACAGGAUUCGUUCCUCAACCACAGCCACAACAAACACAGCAAUCUCAAACUCAGCCACAGCCACCACAGGCUCCUAGAAUUAACGAUGUUAUAGGUACACCGAAUUUCUUUUUUCUGCAAGAAUCUGAGCUCGAUUCACCCGAUGUCGCAUCACAGGCACCCAUUGUUUCACACAUUCCUGCUGCUGUAAAUGCACCUAUUCCCUCGCAAACAUUUACAAAUCAAAACUUUGCAAAUGCACCAGUAGUAGCACAACAGGUGAUAUAUCAACAUCAACCACCACAGGAUAUGUCCCACAUUCCCGGAUUCGCUAAUCCUAAUCCACCUCCGCCUAUUCCAAUGCCACCCUCUCAUCAACAACCAAAUAUACAAUAUAGUCCACAGCAUCCUGCAAACUUUCAACAGCAACCACAACAAACUCCUUCGCCACAGACGCAGAAUUUUGAACAUCAACAAGAGAAUCAGCAGCAACCUGCAGAGGAAAAAGCUGAAGAAAUUCAAGAAGAAACGGCGCCACCUGAACCAGAAUUGGAACAACCAAAUGAAACUGUGGAUUGGUGUAAGAUGACCGAAUCCAACGACUGGAAUCAACCGGAACCAUCGCAGCCAUCUACUCAAGAUUCACAACCGACUCAACAGGCUUGGGGCGAUCAACAACGUAGUGGAUACAGGGGUAGAGGUGGGAGAAGAAGCGGUUCCAAUGGAUACAAUGGAAGGGGUAGGGGCGGUGGUUAUCAACAAAAUGGACGUGGCGGGCAAGGGACAUAUUAUCGUAAUGACAGUAAUUAUCAAAAUGGCUAUCAACAACGUUCUUGGGGAAAUAACGACGGAAACAGUGGUUACAACUCCGGCUAUAAGAGGGGUGGUGGUUUACUGAGAGGCGGAGGCCCCCGAGGUGGCCGAGGACAGUUUCGUGGCCAAAGGGGAGGAAACCGCGGGAGUUAUGCAACUCGUGGUAAACCUCACACGCAACAGUAAUAAAGAUGCGAUAGAGCAAUGCACAAUGAAACAUUAUAAUAAUGCUGUAAGAUCAUAAUUCAAUGGUCUAUUUAUGAAAGAACCUAAGUCGUAUUUUCAGCACGAGUAAAGCUUGAGCAAAGUAAAUAUUGCUCGUAAGUCGUAUACGUGUUUUAAUAUAUAAGUAGCAACUUUAACGUUUAAGAUUGUUAACCGAUAGUUUUGUCAAAUAUACGAAAGAACGUAAACGACUAUUAAUUGUGUCUUUAUGUGCGUUACAUUGAACAAAGAAAAAAUGAAAAUGGUGAUAUUGCGUGAUUUUUCACCUAAAAACGUUGCAUUUAAUCGUUCCGAUGCGAAAGAUGAGAACAAAUUAAUACGAAAAGAAAGACACAUUUGCUAUACUUUCCUGCGGCUUAGGAUAUUUCUUAAAUAAGGCAUUGAAUAAUCGAAAUUUUGCAUUUGAAUUUGGUAUCUGCGAUUGUCAGGGAAAAGAUCCUAUUAAUAUUAACGAAAUGAUUAUGCAUUGUGAUACAAGAAGAGAUCAACCAAAUUCAGAAGUGUGAACCCACCAUGCAAGUAUUAUUGUGUUGUGACAGAAGGCAGUUUUCACAGGGCAACAACAGCUGAUCAACAAAGAUUAGAAAUAUAAUUUUAUUAUAAAAAAAAUACAAAAAAAAAUGAGAACCCACAACAAAGCAUUUCACACAAAGACACAAGGAUGUAUUUAAAGAAUAACAUUAAAACGAUUACACGAAUAGAUGAUCUGCACGACCAUCUCUUUGUCUUGCGGCGUAUCGUUCUAGAGAAUUUUUUAAGAUGUCAGAAAAAAGAGGAUACAGUGAGCAAUGCCUUCUAACGCUAUAUAUCUUCUUAACUUCAUAUUCCAUCUUUGGUCUAUGAAUUUGCGAAGCGUUUAGGGAGUUAAAAAGUUAUCGAGAUUUAGUAGUCAAAAGGAACGAAAAGUUUGUGUAUUACGCAAAAAUCUCUAAAAGCGUUAUUUAUGAAAAAAACGUUUUGUUUGCUAUGAAUUGUCGCUCCCUCUUCUGUUUUUCUGUGUGAUUUCAAAAUUCUUCACGGUCGCUCACGCAGUUGGUCAAGUAAAAGAGAUUGCAGUGCAAUGUCAAGUUUAUGAAGCAACAUUACCUGAUUUUUUUUAUCGCAAAAUAUAUAUGAUUAUUUUUAAAAGAAAAGAAGCGAUAGUGCGGAGCUUUAGCAUGUAAGUUGAGUGUACAAUUUCUGACUAGAGCCAGACAAGGCGUGUUUGAAUACUACGCCACUGACAAAAAAAGCCACGCUCACCGCCAAACACGUGAUAAAGGAGUACCGUAUUGUAUUUCGUUUGUACAUUUGUGUUUAAUCACCUCCAUCUACAGUUAUGUUCGAAUAUCCUAUCAAUACCUAUGUAUCUUCCAAAUAAAGAUCUAAUUCAAACCCUG